AGUUGAAGAUAUAAAUUGCAAAAGCACAAUGUCGAUUUCUGAUGAUAUUUUAAAUGCGGAAAUGGUUUAUGCAGAUCCUUCAGAACUGCCAAACACAUUGUUUGCCGAUGUUGACCCAGCGGACAGCAGUGUGGAGCAACUCUUCAAGAUGCCGCUGCCAUUUAAGGAGUCCAUCCCCGAGGAGAAGACUGUAAUCAACAAUAAAAUUGAGGUUGUGUCGCCGGGGUAUGAGCUCAAGUACAAGCUCGAGGGACAUCAGCGUCAGACUACAGCGGUUCGCUUCUCUCCCGGUGGUGAGUGGUUAAGCAGUGCAUCGACUGAUAGCGUACUCAAAGUGUGGGACGUGGACACGGCUAAGUUGCACCACACGCUGACAGGUCAUUCACUGGGCAUUAACGAUGUGGCCUGGUCGUCGGAUGGCAAAUUCAUGGUCAGCUGCAGCGACGACAAGACCAUCAAGAUAUGGGAUCCCAUCACUGGCCAGUGCCAAAAGUCAUUUUUAGGCCAUAAUAAAUACGUGUUCUCAUGCAUCGUUCAUCCGCAGUCGAAUCUGAUAGCCUCAACUAGCUUCGAUUGUUCCGUAAGGCUGUGGGACGUACGCAACGGCAAGGCACUGAAUAGGAUCCUCGCCCACAUGGAUCCCAUUUCAUCUGUAGACUUUAAUCGUGACGGGACGCUCUUUGUGACCGGCAGCUUUGAUGGGCUUGUUCGCAUUUGGGACACCAUCAGUUGCCAAGUGAUGAAGACGCUCAUCGACGAAGACAAUUCCCCGGUGGGCUAUGUGAAGUUCGCCCCAAACGGCAGAUAUAUACUAGCCGCUUAUCUGAACAGUCAGAUAAAGCUGUGGAAUUUCCAGAAGCCGAAAUGCUUGCGCGUCUACAAGGGUCACACCAAUCUUAAGUACUGCAUCUCCGUAAACUUUUCCGUUACGGCUGGCAUGUGGAUCGUAUCGGGCAGCGAAGAUGCGUCACUGUAUAUCUGGAGUCUGCAGAACAAGCAGCUUGCCCAGAAGGUGCCCGCUCACACAAGUGAGGUCAUUUGCACCGACUGUCAUCCCAAAUUGAAUCUGAUAGCAACGGGCGCUCUACAAAACGCGGACAAUCUCAAGAUCUGGCAGAGCAGCGAGACUGUAAUCGAAUUAAAUAAAUAAUUUGUAUUUAAUUAGAAC